CUCUCUCUCUACCUCUCUUUCUCUACCUCUCUCUUUCUCUACCUCUCUCUCCCUGUACCUCUCUCUCUCUCUCUCUACCUCUCUCUCUCCCUGUAGGAGUCUAUGGAAACACUUCAGAGGUGUCAGUAUGUGUCUGGUCCUGCUGGUGUUGCCAGGAUACAUGGCAUAUAAAAUCUCCCAGUUCUUCCACAUGGACUUCUGGCUCCUCAUCCUGGUCUCCAGCUGCAUGCUCACCUCUCUGCAGGUGACAGGAACCUUGCUGAUCUACUCCCUCUUCAUGGUUGAGCUGUCCUGUCGUGACCCUAUCGACAGCCUGGAUGAGAUCAUCUAUUGGGUCAAUGCAGUCUGCCGCGUGCUGGAGUUCGUUGUGGCUCUCUGCGUGGUGGCCUACGGGACCUGGGAAUCUCUGUUUGGGGAGUGGAGCUGGAUGGGCGCCUCAAUCAUCAUCAUACACUGCUACUUCAACGUGUGGCUCAGAGCCCAGACCGGCUGGAGGAGCUUCCUGCUUAGACAGGAAGCAGCCAAGAAGAUCAACUCCCUCCCCCGGGCCACGGCCAAUCAGCUGCAGCAACACAACGACGUUUGUGCCAUUUGCUUCCAGGAAAUGAGCUCAGCCGUGCUGAUGUACUGCGGACAUUUCUUCCAUGGAAACUGCCUUCGUAAGUGGCUCUACGUCCAGGAGACUUGCCCCAUGUGCCACCAGGCCGUCCGCCCCACCCCGCCAGCCCCAGCCCACACGGCAGGAGACUUCCAGGCUGCUCCUCUGCCCUCUAGAGGUACUGGGCCAGGCCGGGUAGAGGAGAGGGGACGCUCCAGAGAUCAGACUCCAGUCAGGGACGCCACACACCAGCCCCCAGCUAACCUGCCGUCCCCAGGCUCCCCAGAACAGCAGGAAGGGACAGAGAGCCUGGGAGAGGGAACCAGUGGUUCAGAUAGAGAGGACAGACCGGGACGCCCACUUAGGAAGCCUGUCCAGGAUCUCCACUUCAGCUCCACUGGGGACUUUGUAGGCUUCGUCAGCCCACGCUCUUCUGGGGGUAGUCCUCGUCCAGGGAAGCAGAACCUGGAGCCUUGGGAUGGAGCUCAUCCUACCAACAGGUACAACGGUGAAGGGGUUGACUACACGAUCAAAGGACUAUUGGUGCAAUCUGCUCCCAAAGAGCAGAAUGGCAGAGUAUUGACUAGAGUGAAUGGGGCUAGAGAGAACUGCCAGACUGAGAACCACCUUGUAGGAGAAAACCAAUGUGAACCUAUGUCAGGGACAACAACCAGAAAGACCUCAAGGUCUAAGAGUGUGAGCGGGAUAGGAGACGUCACCCAACAGAACCGUGAACACAGGGGACGACCACGGUCACACACUCUAGAUGGUGGACAUGCACAGCAGGAUGAAAGCCAAUCAGGACUGGACACGCCUUGGGAUGUUAAAUCUACCCGGCGACAGAGAUCUAGGCUACGUAGUAGUUCUACUAACACCAGAACAGAGGAGGAGGGACUCCGUCACAACAGAACAGAGGAGGAGGGACUCCGUCACAACAGAACAGAGGAGGAGGGACUCCGUCACAACAGAACAGAGGAGGAGGGACUCCGUCACACCAGAACAGAGGAGGAGGGACUCCGUCACAACAGAACAGAGGAGGGACUCCGUCACAACAGAACAGAGGAGGAGGGACUCCGUCACAACAGAACAGAGGAGGAGGGACUCCGUCACAACAGAACAGAGGAGGAGGGACUCCGUCACAACAGAACAGAGGAGGAGGGACUCCGUCACAACAGAACAGAGGAGGAGGGACUCCGUCACAACAGAACAGAGGAGGAGGGACUCCGUCACAACAGAACAGAGGAGGAGGGACUCCGUCACAACAGAACAGAGGAGGAGGGACUCCGUCACAACAGAACAGAGGAGGAGGGACUCCGUCACAACAGAACAGAGGAGGCUUGACUCCGUCACAACAGAACAGAGGAGGAGGGACUCCGUCACAACAGAACAGAGGAGGAGGGACUCCGUCACAACAGUACCUUGGUGAAGUCCACUGAAAAUCCCCACAAUGCCUUCUUUCUGUGAAACAACGUUGGAAAACUAAUGUCCUACCUUUCCGCUGGCAGUCUGAUAAUACAUGUGUUUAUUUAGGUAUUUAAUUCAUGGUGUGUGUACUGGAUUGGAUUUAGGGGCAAACAUGUAAAACCCAAGAUAAGAAAUGAUAUCUAUGAAAUGCACAAUUAUAGAUGAAGGCUGGGCGGUAUACUGUAUGGGUCAUUGAUGAAUAAGAUUUUCAAAAAUUAAGCGGAAAAAUAUUAAUUUUGCAACACUUUUGUAUGUUCCCUAUGCAUAUUCAGUGUUUGUCGCCCCAAAAAAGUUUCACAUUUUGUCUGUUAAAAUUUACCUCCUAAAAAAAUAUAUAUAAUAAUUUGGGGAGAAUAAAAAUAAAAAUAUACAAAUAUUUUGACUGUUAUUUAAAGCAAAGAAGAGUAAAACAUGAAUAUGUUCAUGGUCUCAAGUAUUCAACAUCAAAGAGUAAAACAAUUACAGUAUAAUACAUCUUAGCUGGACAAUCCCUCAUGUUGAAUGAUUGUCAACUACAACUUCUCUAAGACAAAUGAAAACCAAAUCAAAUUUAACAAAAAAUGUAUUUUUCUCUUAUAGACUGAGCGUCUCUGCAUUUCUGGUACAAAAUAAUGCUGUUUUUUAACAUUAAAAACACUGGUUGAGCUAAAUGAC